CUUCCCCGGAAAGAAAAACCAUUUUCUCCUUUCUACACCUUCUUUCCUUCGCUUUCUCUUCGAUUUUCUCACCGUUCAUUCUUUCCAAAGCUCAGAACCACUUUUCCCUCAUCACCAUUGCUUAAAGUUUUGAGCUUUCCGUAUUGUGAUUCUUCCGAAUCAACCCCAUCAAGCAGAUUCUCAGAUACCCAUUGAGCUAUUUCUGUAUUCCUUGCGCAUUACGCUUAAGCUAAAUCUAACCAUUCAUAAUGAUCUCUUCAAUCAAGCACACAACACCUUCACUGAGCUGCUCUGCUUUCUCAGCAAGCAGAAAGCUUUCUGUUCCAAGGCCUCAUUUUUACACCCUGCCUGUUAUUCAGAAUGCUCGGCAAAACCCAGAAACUGAAUCUUCCAUCUCCUCCCAAAAACCCCUUUACAUUUCAUCAACUAAGAGCUUCACAUUUCUGGCAAAUCCCAGAAGGAAGGUUUCAGAAUGCCAAGCCUAUGAGGCAGAGAGGUCGCGACCAAUUGAGAUUAACAUUGAACUUCCUGAUGAACAGGCUCGGAUGGAGACAGCUCAGAAACUCAAGAUUGGCUUGUAUUUUGCUACUUGGUGGGCUUUGAAUGUGGUGUUCAAUAUUUACAACAAGAAGGUUCUGAAUGCGUUUCCUUACCCAUGGCUUACUUCCACUCUGUCUCUGGCUGCUGGUUCUCUUAUAAUGUUGAUCUCAUGGGCCUCCAGGAUCGCUGAUGCCCCCAAAGUUGAUUUGAAUUUUUGGAAGGCCCUGCUGCCCGUAGCUGUGGCCCACACAAUUGGGCAUGUCGCAGCAACUGUGAGCAUGUCAAAAGUUGCAGUUUCAUUCACCCACAUCAUCAAGAGUGGAGAGCCAGCUUUCAGUGUCCUGGUCUCAAGUCUUUUGCUUGGAGACACAUUCCCUAUGCCAGUUUACUUGUCACUGAUUCCAAUUAUUGGUGGUUGUGCACUUGCAGCAGUGACUGAACUCAGCUUCAACAUGACUGGUUUUAUGGGAGCUAUGGUAUCAAAUUUGGCAUUUGUGUUCAGGAAUAUAUUCUCGAAGAAGGGAAUGAAGGGGAUGUCAGUUAGCGGAAUGAACUACUAUGCUUGCCUUUCAAUGUUGUCCCUAUUGAUUCUCACACCUUUUGCCAUAGCUGUGGAAGGCCCCAAGAUGUGGGCUGCUGGCUGGCAAACAGCCUUGUCCCAGAUCGGUCCCAAUUUUGUAUGGUGGGUGGUUGCCCAGAGUGUCUUCUACCACUUGUACAAUCAAGUGUCUUACAUGUCUCUUGAUCAAAUAUCUCCCUUGACAUUCAGUGUUGGAAACACAAUGAAGAGAAUCUCUGUAAUUGUCUCCUCUAUCCUUGUCUUCCACAAUCCAGUUCGACCCAUCAACGCCCUUGGGGCUGCCAUUGCAAUUCUGGGCACCUUCCUCUAUUCACAGGCCAAGCAGUAAACUGAAGCUGGCAUGUAACAGAGGAGAUGAAGAGAGGAUGGUGACCCAUGAUUGAAGCUCAGAGUGUCAAUGAUCACAAUUCAAGUUGGAGAAGAAGAAUUAUUGUGGUCAACGGGACUUCUAUGCUGAUUUCACUAAUUUUGAGAGGCCGUAGUUAGCAUAUGUAAUCACGCUUUAAGUCUGGUUCCAUUGUAGAUGAUUUUACUUCCCCCCCCCCCCUCUCCUUGUAAUCUAAAGAUGAACCUGAAUGAAAUAAAAAUGAUGUUUCAAACCUUUUAUUUUAA